GCCAGGCCACAGGGCAGUGAGGCUAGCCUCUGGGCCAGCGGCAAGGAAUGAGCUGCCCUGCCUGCCGGGCACCCUCGCAGGACACCCCGGUGGCAGCAGCCCCAGGGCGAUCAGCCGUCCCAGAUCUGCUGAGACUGACAGGGCCUGUGAGACCUUUGAGGACCACCGCCAGAAAGAGGGACCAGCAUCUUCAUACUCUCUCUGGUGCGGCCUUGCCUAGGACUCAGGAUCCACGAACUAGCUGGCAGACACCCACCCCUGCUUCACACUCUGUAAGUCCCUAGGAAUUCCCAAGAGCCCCCUGGGAGGAAGGUUACAGAAGGCUGGACACUGUGCAGCCCUGUGGGCAGGGCCUGGGGCAUCUUUGGCUGAGGUGGACAAACUAGGCCCCGUGAGGCCUCUCUCGUUGCCUUGGGAAGGGGUCGUGACAUCCUGGAUAACUUUUUGGAUUCCCGAGGCAGCUCAGGUGUGCACCGUCAGGCAUACUGCGGCCUCAGAGAGCUGGGCAAGAUGCUUUUCGGCGUCAAGGACAUUGCAUUGUUGGAGCAUGGGUGCAAGGCUCUUGAGGUGGACAGUUACAAGUCUCUGAUGAUCCUGGGUAUCCCGGAAAACUGCAACCAUGAGGAAUUCGAAGAGAUCAUACAGGCCUCCCUAAAACCUCUGGGUAAGUUCGAAGUGGCUGGGAAGGCCUUUGUGGAAGAGAGAUCCAAGGCCGCCAUCAUUAGGCUGGCAGAGGACAUCAAUUAUGCCGUGAUCCUCAGGGAGAUCAAGGGCAAGGGCGGCACGUGGAGAGUGAUCUACAUGCCCCAGAAGCGGGGUAUUGAAUUCCUGACCAAGCUGAACCUCUUCCUGCAGAGCCAGGGCAGGACGGCGGAAGAUGUGGCUCAGGUCCUAAGGUAGGAACUGUGCCCGACAGUGACGGGCCCCAGAGAGCUUCCUGCCAGAAACUGCUAUGAGCCCGGGCCAGGGGAGAAACAGGGGCCUGGGGCCACUGCUGCGGUGGACAGGGUGCCACCUCUGGACUCCACGAAGGAGAGCAAGGAGGGAGAUGGCAAGAAAGGCAAGCGGAAGCACAAGAAAAACCGUCGUCGACACCAUGCAUCUGACAAGAAGCUGUGAGGAUUUACCUCGAAUGUGCCUCUGGCAUAAACUUGUCCGGCGUGGGCUACUCUUUUGCACGAGGCAAGCAGAAACCAUGACUGAGAAAGUGAGCUGUCUCCUCGCCACGUCUGAGGACCUCACUGCUCUGUGUGUGACUCUGAAAAAAGCUGUCACUGUUCUCUACAUGCUGGGUCUCCCUUACAGGAGUGGUCAGACAUGGGACAUUUCUGCUCUGAUUGGUGCCUGGGGUGAGGGUAUGAGUCUCCCCAAAUUAAAUCUCAGAAGCUCUAACUUGUGCUCAACUCUCUAAAGAACAAAAGGCAAGACUUCCAGGGAAUGGUCAAAAGGAGGUAAUAAUUAAGAGGUCACCUUCAACAAUGAUCAAUUUACAACACUUAACGUAUAGUCCUCAAGUCUAUAAGCUGAGUCCCCCAGAAUGGUGAGGAAAAACCACAACAAAAAAACAAUCAAGUAAAAUCCAAGUGUCUGUGGGUAGACAGAACACCUGCUCAGGAUGACUGACCUGUGAGCUUGCAAACUUCCAUUAGUUCAGGGAUUUGCAAAGGUUUGAGCUGAACUUCUUUUUUAUUUAUUUAUUUUAAAAUUUUAUUUAUUUAUUUAUUUAUGGCUGCAUUGGGUCUUUGUUGCUGUGCAUGGGCUUUGUCUAGUUGUGGCGAGCGGGGGUUUCUCUUUGUUGCGGUGCACGGGCUUCUCAUUGCAGUGGCUUCUCGUUGCGGAGCCUGGGCUCCAGGUGCACGGGCCUCAGCAUUCGUGGCUCACAGGCUAAGUAGUUGUGGCUCGCGGGCUCUAGAGCGCAGGCUCAGUAGUUGUGGCGCACGGGCUUAGUUGCUCUGCGGCACGUGGGAUUUUCCGGACCAGGGCUUGAACAUGUGUCCCCUGCAUUGGCGGGCAGAUUCUUAACCACUGUGCCACCAGGGAAGCCCUGAGCUUCUUUUGAAAAAUGCAAUUUACACACAGAGAGACAGGCUCAGAUUCUUACCUACCAAACUGUAGUGGUGGAGACUCCCCAACGUAUUACGAUGGUGGGCAUCAGUCAUGUCUGUGAAUUCUAGCAUCCAAACCCCUUUCUUAUUUCUGCAAGGCUGCCCCAUUUUGCCCCGCUUGCAGAGCCAAAAGGUGGAAGUUCUUUCCCUACACCCCACCUUGGCAGCCAGGAUGCAGGCAGGCCUCCCACCCUCAGGCAGUUAGAGACUCCCGUUAGGUCCUUGCAUUCGCAGCAGGUGUCAAGACAGAGGAAUUUUUAGAGUUUACUUGCUUUGACAUGACCUAAGACCUUGAAGACUCUGAUUUCUGUCCAUUCCCCAAGCUGGCUUUCUACCAUCAGCCUUGACAGCAUUUGUCUUGUGCAAUGGUAGGGAUAAAGCUUUUCCUGCCAUCCCCACACAUGUAUGUGAACUUCUUGCAAAUGCAUCCAUGGUCUAGAAGUUUGUAGCUCUCUACUGAUCUUUGUAUUCCUUACAAAUUUCCAACCUGGGCAUACUCACUGACAGAAUAUUGUACUAUUUUGUUUCUGUUUCCUGAGAGUCUGAGCUUAAAUAAAGGCUACACAAAACCUCAGGCACAUUCACUUAUGGCAUAUGCUUUUCUCCCAUCAAGGCACAAUCAUUGUAUAGCAACAAAGGACAUUGUGACAUUUCUUAUCAUCAUAUUGCAGUAUUAAGAUGGCAUUUAUGCCUCUUGUGGGUUUGGGGUGUUUCCCAUACAACAUUCACGUUUGUAUACACAACGUGAGUGGUUGUUCAAGGCUGCCCAUAAAACCCAAAUCUCCUACCACUUCUCUUUCCAGUUUUUCUGGACCAGUUGAAGAGUUUCCUGAGAUUGUAAUGCAAACUUGCAUAAAAUGGUUACCAUUUGAAGCUACUUAUCUGUGUGGGUCAAGACAUGGCUGGCACACAGAAAACUCCAAGUAGAUUGGAUGUGCUGGCUGACGGAAGGCUGCAGGUGGCCUUGGUAAAUCCCCAUUUUCAAACGGAGGUUCAAUUAAAACUCUUCAUUGUUCUUUGUGGUUGGUGCUAUAUCAUACAAAUAUGAACUUAUAAAAUAAAUAGAUGCUAAUGCCA